UGUAAAAGGUACAAGAUAGGAGACACCAACCACCAUUCUCUCUAAGCAAGGAGUAACCACCAAAUUCAUUCCAAACAGGAGAGAAAAAGCAAAGCUCCUCCUGUUAUUUCUUGGUGGUUGGAGGAGGUUCAGAGGAAGAAGAAGAUGAGUUAGGAGAAAUUAAUAUUAACUCUUCAAUUUUGUAGUCCAAUUGAUCCAUCCAUGGUGGGGGAAUCAAGAAAGUGGGUGAUACUUUUGGCAUCAAUAUGGGUGCAGGCAUUCACAGGGACAAACUUUGACUUCUCAUCAUACUCAUCUGAGCUCAAAUCUGUGCUUGACAUAACUCAGCUUCAGCUCAAUUACCUCUCUGUGGCCUCAGACAUGGGAAAGGCCUUUGGGUGGUGCUCUGGGGUCUCACUCAUGUACUUCCCCUUGUGGGUGGUUAUGUUUAUGGCUGCUUUUAUGGGACUUUUUGGCUAUGGCUUCCAAUGGCUUGUCAUUCAUAGACUCAUCACUUUGCCUUAUGUUGUGGUCUUUUUUCUGUGCCUGAUUGCCGGCUGCAGCAUCUGCUGGUUCAACACCAUCUGCUAUGUCUUAUGCAUCAGACAUUUUCCGGCAAACCGUUCCCUUGCAUUAUCCUUGAGCAUUAGUUUCAAUGGUGUGAGUGCAGCUUUGUACACUCUCAUUGCCAAUGCAAUAAACACAAAUGAUGACACUGUCUAUCUAUUACUCAAUGCCAUUGUUCCUGUGCUAAUUUCUGGACUAGUACUCAUCCCAAUUCUCAAUCAACCACAGCCUCAACCACAUUCUGUUGACACCAUUCAGCGCGAUACAUCGGUUUUUCUCUGCCUCAACAUCCUUGCCCUUGUCACAGGCCUCUACCUCCUCUUCUUAUAUUCCUUCUCUUACACCAUGGCUAUUGCUCGCGUAAUCCUUAUAGGUGCAAUUUUUCUCCUUGUUCUGCUCUUAUUUUUGCCUGGCAUUGUGUAUUCCAGAGAAUGGUCUUUCUUUACUGUCCCCACAAGCUUCUCCUUCUACUACUCAAGAUUCACUCGCGCUGACCCUAAUGACGAUGAACUCUACAAAGAGUUUAUUAGUAUCGAGGACAGCGUGAGGAAUAGAAGUGCACAAAGCACAAGAGAGAAGAAAUGUUGUAUUAUGAAUGUGUUGGAGAGAGAGCAAUUUUCAAUGCUAGGGGAAGAGCAUUCAGCUAAGUUGCUAGUGCGUAAAUGGGACUUCUGGCUGUACUACAUAGCAUAUUUCUGUGGAGGAACAAUUGGGUUGGUUUACAGCAACAACUUGGGGCAAAUUUCCCAAUCACUGGGACACUAUUCUCAGACCAGUUCUCUUGUCACGCUCUACUCAACAUGUUCCUUCUUCGGUCGCCUUCUUGCAGCCUCACCUGACUUCUUAAGCAGGAAGAUACACAUUGCAAGAACUGGAUGGUUUGGAGCAGCCUUGGUGCUAACACCAAUUGCAUUCAUUUUGCUGGCCAUAUCUGGCAGUGGAGCUGCAUUACACAUAGGCACUGCCUUGAUAGGGCUGAGUUCAGGCUUUGUGUUUUCUGCAGCAGUGUCUAUUACCUCAGAGCUAUUUGGCCCAAACAGUGUUGGUGUGAACCACAAUAUCCUCAUCACUAACAUUCCUUUAGGUUCAUGUCUCUAUGGCCUUCUUGCAGCCUUGGUUUAUGAUUCCAAUGCAAUGAAACCAAGGCCCGCAAAUCAGCUGCAUGAAAUGUCCAUGUGCAUGGGGAGGAAGUGCUACCUACAAACUUUCAUAUGGUGGAGUUGUAUUUCAAUGAUAGGAUUGGUUUCAAGCUUCUUCCUUUUCAUAAGGACUAAGCAAGCUUAUGACAAUUUUGAAAAAAAUAACAACAGAAACAACGUAGCUCCAGAAUAAGAACUCUUCUGUGAAGAAACAAUGUACAAUUCUCUUAAAUGUGAUGGGAUCAAUCAUAAAUACCAAAAAACAAGAUAUAAUAUUUAGCUCUACCAUAGACUCACAAAAUCUUUGAACAUACAUAGAAACUUAGUAGUUUCAGAAAGAAACAUUUCAGAUCAAAAUUUAGGAUGUUGCUUAGGCUUUGGUUUAUUAACAUUUGGUAACAGAAUUGUAUUUGGGCUGAGUAGUGGAUUGGAAUUACUAUUUACUAAUUUUGUGGUGUAUUGAUAAGUUUAACUAAAUAAUUUUAACAACUA